AGCAGGGCAAGGCAGGGCAGGCAGGACGGACAGACGGACUGACGGACGGACUGACAGACGGACAGACAGCGGCCGGUCCCGCUGCUGACAGGACCAUGUCAGACGGUUUCUCUCUCGCCGACGCCUUGUCCACCUGUAACAACCCCAACCCCAGCGCCCCUGCGCCCCAAGGCUGGCCCUCCCCUGCCUGGGGGAACCAGCCGGCACCUGGGGCUUUCCCGCCCUACCCCGGAGCACCGGGGACCUUCCCCGGGUCACCAGCAGCGCCGGGGCCCUAUCCUGGAGCUCCAGGACCCUAUCCUGGAGCACCAGGGUCGUAUCCUGGAGCACCUGGGCCGUAUUCUGGGGCACCAGGAUCAUACCCUGGAGCACCGGGGCUGAAUCCUGGAGCGCCAGGAUCAUACCCUGGAGCACCGGGGCCGAAUCCUGGAGCGCCGAGAUUGUAUCCUGGAGCACCGGGGCCGAAUCCCAUGGGAGCACCGGCAGGACCAGGGAUGGCUCCUCCAAUGAAAAUCCCCUUCGAGCUGCCCCUGCCCGCAGGACUCAUGCCUCGGCUGCUGAUAACCAUCACGGGGACGGUGAACCCAAACCCCGACAGAUUUGCACUGGAUUUCAAGAGGGGGCAAGACGUUGCCUUCCACUUUAAUCCCCGUUUCAAGGAAGAUAACAGAAGAGUCAUCGUCUGUAAUUCAAAGUUCCAGGAUAACUGGGGAAAGGAGGAUAGGUCGGCUCCUAGAUUUCCCUUUGAGCCUGGAAUGCCCUUCAAGCUCCAGAUUCUCUGCGAGGUGGAUCACUUCAAGGUAGCAGCCAAUGACGCUCACUUGAUGCAGUACAACUUCCGCGAGAAGAGGUUGAAUGAGAUCACCCAACUGUGCAUUAGUGGGGACAUCACUCUCACCAGCGUUUUGCCUACCAUGAUAUAACUGAGAAGUUGUAAUUUUAUCACAAACUUAGUGCUCAUAAUAAGGUUGUAAGGUUGGUGUUGUACAUGAAUAUUUUGAGGCAAUAAAAUACUUUUGAAAGUAAAAUU